AUGGAGGCACGAUCAAUAUCCACGCUAGCAAAGCGUUGCUCCGAGCUGCUCGCCAGGUGGCUUGACAGUGUCGGCACGUUUCCCGACCAAGUGUUACAGGUGGAGAACCUCCUAUUUCGAUUCAAUCUUUGGGCCGAGAACAACUCGGCCUUCUCGGAGGGUCGUGACUCCCUGGAUUGGCGGCUGCGGAAAGCCUCACUGCCCCAUAAUGUUAUUGUCGACCUUUUGGAGGACCUGUCAGCCGUUGUGCUCGGGCACGUUGCACCGAAACAGUCCGAGGUAGAUCAACACGAGAAUGCCGGCACGUUGCUGGACCAGCUGUUCCGGUUCACCAGGGCCGUACGUCGAUCCGGGGCCCUGAAGAGGUUUGUUCGAGCUGCGGAUUACUUCGAACUUGUCGAAAUUGAUGGCAUCGUCGUCAAUCUGACUCUCAAGUUCCGCGAAGGCGUUCAAGCCUAUUUGGAUAUGAUGUUCAAGUCGACAAGCCAAGAACUGAGAGGCCGACUACUGGAGACCAUCUGUCUCCGCCAGCAAAACUUCGCAUACCUUCGAUCCAAAAGGAAAAAGGGGAGCAGCCACGUCGCACCCACACGUUCAGCCUCUCAGACAGGGUCGCGUCUUGGGUCAGCUUUCAGUACAACGGGUCGCUCCACAUACCAGAGUCAACGCAGUGCACAGCAUCAACCGGCGUCUGACCGGAAGCGUGACGACAAAGCUAAACGCCGUGCCGCCCCGGCAAGUGCGACGACUUUCAACACAAAUGCGCUGCCGACAAUUGAUGGGCCCACUCUGGACAAGCCCGAGGCCGACUACGCCUUAGAGGACCUCCCUAGAAGACCAAAGAUUCUCCCGGCAACGUGGCACAAAGAAGUCGAAUGCCCCUAUUGCCUUUUGGCGUGUGACCACACCGAGUUCACCGACGCAGGCUGGCCACGACAUGUCAUUCAAGAUCUGAUGCCCUUCAUCUGUGUGCAAGAACGGUGCCAUGUGCCCAACUCAUUAUAUGGCUCUACUGCCGCCUGGAUGUCUCAUAUGAAGACAGAGCACGCUCGGCACGGGUGGAUAUGUAUGGACCGCAGUCACACCUCGUCCGUUCAGUUUACCGAUAUGCUGGAGUUCAGACGGCAUAUGCAAGAGCACGAAGACGAUCUAAGCGAAGGGGAGCUCGAAAACAUAGUGGAGGAGUCGUACGGAGUUCUUUCUUCCGGUGAUGUUUUCGAUGAGUGCCCGUUGUGCGACGAGUACAACGAUGAAGCCCCUGACAGCAUCGAUCUCGAGCACCAUAUUAGCUCUCAUCUGUUGAUGCUGUCGCAAAUAUCGCUAUCGGGACAUGAUCUAGGUAGCGACAUGGAGCUUGAGUCGGAGUCGGACCACACAACAAGCCAGGGCCGCAUCCCGUCAGAUGUGGCUUCAGCUCAACAAUCCCGACAGCUCACGGGAAGCCACGCGGACUCAAGAGACGAGACGAAUUCUCAGUACAGGGAUGAGCAGCCUGAAGAACAGCAGAACACGGGGGUCGACAACCACGGCAACGUCCCCGAGGAAAGCGAGAUUAUAUCGUCGAACCCAGGAGACUGGGAGUUCAUGAGAGCACGCAAAUUCGCGUACGACCCGUCGACGGAUAAAGUAGUCAAGAGGUUCGCUGAGGCGCUGCGGCUUGGCGAGGAAUACCGAUCACCAUAUCCCGACAGAGGCGCCCGAGUCGACCGAGGACUAGAUGUCGACAACCUGGACGAGGCUGAGGGCGUAGAGCAGCGAACACCCAUGGAGGGCCCCGCUCAAAUCGAAGUCGACACCCGUUUCAGCGCCAAGGAUGGCUCGAGUCCUGCCAGGCACUCUGGUGGGAGGUUUCUAGUGGCGAUACAUGUCGGUACCACAUGUGCCAGUGUCGCCUACGCGGACAUCGACGAAGGCGAUAAACAGAGGAUUGCCGUGCAUUGGGACGCGGAAUUUACGACUGAACAAGUAUCCACGACUCUAUAUGGUGAGACUGAUGAAGCCGGCUUGACAUCCUGGCGCUGGCGGCCUCCUCUGAAACGACGCUCAAGCUCGACAUUGGAAUUGGACAUAACGCCACCAGAACCCCCUAUCCUAAAAUCUUUCAAGCUCGGUGUUUUCCCAUCUUCCUAUCCUUCGUUUGCAUCAAGAAUGGCGAGAUAUCAUCUGGCCAAGGCGUCGUGGAGAACACGGGGACAAUGUCUGAACCUAAUGACCGAUUACCUCAAAACGCUCAAAAGCACAAUCGACGACGUAGUGAUUGAGGCAAACGGUGGUCGUGCAGAAGACCCUCUUGUAGACUAUAUCUUGACCGUUCCAGAACUCUGGGAAUCUAACGAGCGAGAGAGUCUGCGCGAAUGUGCCGCCGAGGCUCUCCUUGGGUAUGGGUCCAUGAAAGAAGCCGUGGCCCUCAUUGGAGAACAGUCCGUCCAGCAGUCUCUGCAACUUAUUGUCGAGUCCGAGGCACUGGUGACAUUUAUUGUCGCUUCUAUGCCACCAACGGGGGUCGAGAAGGGUGACCUUUUUCUGAUUUGCGAUGCUGGUGGAUGUAUGGUCACGGUAUCGACGUACGAGAUCAGAUCUUCGAAGCUCGCCCUGAGGCGCAACAUCGUCGACUCCGGUGUCCUCGGCGAUACCCUAUUGGACGGAACCUUCGAGGACUAUUUGAGAAGUAAAGAAGGCUUGAAGUACAUUGACUGGGAUCAGGGCAACGGCCGACGUCUGAUGGAGCACGCCAUAGCCAACUUCAACGCCGAAAUCAAGCAUGCAUUUGACGGUGUGGACGAGAGGGCUCCUUUCCUCAUCUCCGCGGGUCCUGUCAUGGAUGAUGACCUUGUCAUCAGCAUACAAGCCGCCGAAAUCCGCACCAAAGUGUUCGACCCCGUGGUUUCGGGCAUUUGUGACCUCAUUCACGACCAUAUGAACGUCGCAGAGCUUCAACGACUCUCCGAGAGAAACCGGGGUGUCCGGACUCUGUACUUGGCAGGCGGCUUUGGCGAGAAUGAAUACCUGAAGAAGAGAAUCCAAGCCACUGUCGGAAACGAGGUCCGAGUUGUUCGGAUAGAACACAGCCAAACCGCCGUAGUCAGGGGUGCCCUCAUGGACGGGCAGCGCAGGGCACGUCAAACCGGACGAUACCCUUCACAGCCACUCACUGUCAAACCUAAAGGACCGGCCCGACCCCCGCAAGUGAUCGCUCGCGAGGCCAAUCGGCACUACGGGAUCCGCGAGGUCGUCCAGUACGACCCACAGAACCCGUUGCACAGCGUCGACAGGAGAAAAAGAUCUGCGGGGUCCUGGACGAUUGAGGUGAUGAAGUGGUUUGUUAAAAAGGGGGAAGAAAUACGAGAGCCAAGGUCGUUUGAGUUCGCAUACGAAAUCAGACGCUCUGAACUUGGGGAGCGUAGGAAGAUCCCCUGCGACAUAUACACAUCCGUCGAUGAUAUUGCGCCCCCGUUCCCGCAUACAGAAACACAUCCAGUACCCGGCCUUGAACGACCGACGAUCAUGCUCAAAAUACCCUCCGAUGGGAUGCACGUAUUAGCGUCGAAGAGGUUUUCCUCCAUGGUGCUCGAGUGCAAUAUUCACAUGAUGUUCGACUCUAGCAUCGCUGCCUUUGUCUUUGGUUUUAGCGAUGUACGCCAGGGCCCAGCAGAUAUCGAAUGGCGUAAUAUCGAAUGGAUGAAUAUCGGGUGA